GGCCAGUCCAACCCAGACGCUUGAAAAGCAUGAACCGACGGACAUAGUGAAGUGGCCGAGUAACCUGCUGCGGUGGGGAUUCAAAUACUUCCUUCGGCGCCUCCUCUUUCCUUGGCCUUGCCCGGGAUUAUGUUGCACUCAUUGCGAAACCUCGUAAAUCUGGAUGACACAACCAAUCAAACCCGACAUAUGAAUGCUCUACAAGCUCCGAGCGCCAGGUCUAUUGAGCCUAUACGCUGAACUGAAUGCGUGUAAGAUUUUCUGUAAGCGAAGGUAGCAAUAUUCCAUAUUACCAGGAGAGCGGCACACGCUUAACGACACUUUUUAUACAAACUAUUUCCGAGCUGCGCUACCAGAGGCGCUUUUCCCAGGACUUGGGGCGCGAAACCUAUAUUCUUUAUGAUAUUUCCCAUUAUCAAAGUGACAUAAACCUAAUACUGAUACAUCAGGCCCUAUUGACGAUUUCCGACACACAAUCAACACGGCCCAUAUAAUGUCCACGAAGAUGCGGCCACCGUCAAAAGAAGACAAAAAUUCCAACGAUGCCCCAGGGCAGAAGCAGGACCCUAUCGAGAGGAGAAGAUUACAGAAUCGGCUCUCACAACGAAAUCAUCGGCGCAAGAUCCGAGAUCGCAUUGCCAAGCUCCAAGAACGCGUUAUUGCCAGUGAGCUGCGAGCAGCAGCCAGCUUAAACGGUUGGGACCAUCCCAGCACACUUACUCCGUCACCUGUCGAUCGAAUGCCGCCAAUAUUCGACACUGAAGGACAUCCCUCAUCUCCCAUUCAGGAUGCCUCGUCGGCUUUGGGCUCCACGUACUUCCCACAAUCAAGAGUCAUCUGUUCAUCCUGCAAUAGCGCUCUGGGCUCGAUACCCGUCCUAUCUUCUCAGCCAUCCUUCCCCUCCGUAUACGAUACUCCGAAUGACCUCGAUGCCACCUCCCCCUCAUCCGCCCUGAGAAACAGUGUCUACUAUCCUCGGUCGAAUCCUAUCACUCCUGAACUACAGAACAUGAACAACAUUUAUCCCUCGUUGGAUUCCAACCUUCCUCUCACUGAACAGUGGAAUGGUACAGCUCAGUACCCAGGAUCCUCCUUUUAUUACAUAGCAACAGAAGCGUCCCUUCCCCAUAUUAUGCAAGCCAUAAAUUCUGGCUCAUCACGUCCCAAGGCGAUUAUUGUACUUUCACCUAAUAACCAUCCGCCGGGUCUUCCAGCACCCCUUCCAACAUCCCAGUCAUCGCCACCUGGCGGCAGCGCAGUCGAAUUGCCCGCGUCCUCGAGUCCACUGGCUCGGGAACGUCUGCACCCACUAUUUGUCCAAUACACCAAAUGCAGUCUGGAGACAAUCUGCAGUUGA